AACAACGCCUAUCCACAAAUGGAGGGUCCUUUUUUUACAACAAUCCCAUAAUUGUUUGAUCCCAAUAUUCUUUUUUAUUUUUCCUUAAUAAUAAUUUUUCAAGAUCUCUCCUAGGAAUUUGUAUUUCUAUACUUCUCUUUAAUUCCACUCCACCCUACCUCAAAAAGCUACUCUUUUUAUGUCUUAAAUUUCAAUUUCAAGAAUCAGGACAAACACAAACUUCACUGUUAAUGUGCUUUGAUAAUGGAUUCUUUGCAUUUGUCACACUGUUAUUUAGCUCUAAAUGGGAAAAAGAGACAACCCCACAACAAUAUUUUGAAGAAAUUUAAUGUUGUUAGUGUGAAAAAAUUGACUUUGUUUGAACCUGGUGUGACCUGUUUGCCUAGAAGAAAUUUGGGUUUUUUGAUGGAUAGUUGGGUUAAAGGAGGGAGUGAUGGAAUUGUUUGUGGAGUUUCUUCUGUUGAAACCAGGGAAAACAUGAAGUCUGAAUCAGCUAGUGAAAAGGUUCAGCUACGUUUUCGGCUUGAUCACCAAGUUAAAUUUGGGGAGCACAUUGCAGUUCUGGGAUCGGCCAAAGAAUUAGGGUCCUGGAAGAAGAAUAUAAUGAUGGAUUGGACAGAAAACGGAUGGAUUGGCGAAUUGGAAUUACGAUCUGGUGAGACGCUCGAGUAUAAGUUUGUAAUUGUUGGUAAGGACAAGAAUAUGUUAUGGGAAAACGGAAGUAAUCGGAUCUUGAAGCUACCAGAAGGAGGAAGCUUUGAAUUGGUUUGUAAAUGGAAUUCGACAGACGAGCCUGUGAAUUUGUUGCCAUUGGAUUCAUUUAAGGUAGAGAAGGAAGUAAAAGAGGCUAGUGAUAAUGGAGCUACAAUUACUAGCCAGGCUGCUGUUGGGGACGUAGUAACAAGUCCGUUUGUGGAGCAAUGGCAAGGGAGGUCUGCAUCUUUUGUACGUUCAAAGGAUGAGCUGGAUUCUGAAAAAAACAGGAAGUGGGACACAUCAGGCCUUACCGGGAUUUCCCUAAAGCUCGUCGAAGGUGAUAAGACUGCUCGGAAUUGGUGGCGGAAGCUCGAGGUUGUUCGAGAACUAGUUGUUGAAAACAUGGAUAGUUCAAAUCGCUUGGAGGCUCUCACGUACGCAGCUGUCUAUCUAAAGUGGAUAAACACAGGGCAAAUUCCUUGCCUUGAAGAUGGGGGCCACCAUCGACCAAAUAGACAUGCAGAGAUUUCCAGGCUUAUAUUUCGUGAAGUAGAAAAAGUCUUGAGUAGGAACGACACUUCACUUCAGGAAAUACUUGUAAUCCGCAAGAUGCAGCCGUGCCUGCCUUCUUUUAAAGCUGAAUUCACUCAAUCUGUUCCUUUAACGAGAAUCAGGGACAUCGCUCAUAGGAAUGAUAUUCCACAUGAUCUUAAGCAAGAAAUCAAACAUACUAUACAAAACAAGCUGCACAGAAAUGCUGGCCCUGAAGAUCUAGUAUCCACAGCAGCAAUGCUCGAUAGAAUUACCAAAAGACCUGGACAAUAUAAUGAGGCAUUUGUAGAACAAUUCAAGAUUUUCCACAAUGAACUAAAAGACUUCUUCAAUGCUGGGAGUCUUGAUGAACAACUGGAAUCUAUAAGAGAAUCGCUUGAUGGAAGUAGCUUAUCAAUGCUUUCAUCAUUCUUGGAGUCCAAACAGGGAUUGGCUAGAUUGGAUGAAAAAAAUAAUGUUUCAGAGACUGAAAAGACUGGAUUUCUAGUCAGGACUAUUAACUCUCUGAAUGCUCUUCGUGAAGUAAUUGUCAAGGGUCUUGAAAGUGGCCUCCGAAAUGAUGCUCCGGAUGCUUCAAUAGCUAUGCGCCAGAAGUGGCGUCUCAGCGAGAUUGGGCUCGAAGACUAUUCAUUUGUUCUUUUGAGCAGGUUUGUGAACGCCAUUGAAGCUUCGGGAGGAGCUGAUUGGUUAGCAGAGAAUGUAACCCAGAAAAAUGUUUACUCUUGGAAUGAUCCAAUUGGAGCGCUUACAAUUGGAAUCCAACAGCUACGUCUAUCUGGUUGGAAGCCCGAGGAAUGCAAAGCUGUUGGAAAUGAACUUUUGUCGUGGAAAGAAAGGGGCAUUUCAGAAAAUGAAGGCAGUGAAGAUGGUAAGACUAUAUGGGCAUUAAGACUAAAAGCGACUCUUGAUAGAAGUUGGAGGUUAACUGAAGAGUAUUCCGAGACACUUCUCCAAAUAUUCCCUGAAAAAGUACAGGUUCUAGGAAAAUCUUUGGGGAUUCCUGAAAAUACCGUGAGAACAUUCACCGAAGCCGAAAUUCGAGCGGGCGUGGUUUUUCAAGUUUCCAAGCUUGCUACACUACUUUUGAAGGCUGUUAGAAGGACAAUUGGGUCUUCGGGAUUUGACGUUCUCGUCCCAGGAGAUGCUUUUGGACAGCUAAUACAGGUUGACAGAAUUAUCCCGGGGACUCUACCAUCAUCUGCAACAGGACCUGUUAUUCUUGUAGUGAAUAAAGCUGAUGGAGAUGAAGAGGUGACUGCUGCAGGAAGGAACAUAUCGGGAGUUGUACUUCUACAAGAGUUACCUCAUUUAUCUCAUCUAGGUGUUAGGGCCCGGCAGGAAAAGGUAGUUUUUGUGACCUGCGACGAUGAUGACAAAGUUUCUGUUGUAAAACAACUAAUAGGAAAAUUUGUGAGGUUAGAGGCAUCAGCAACUGGUGUAAAGUUAACUGCUUCUUCAUCAGAAAAUCGCCCUGAUGUUUCUCCAAAUAAACCUUCUUCAAGUACUGCUUCUUCUGCAGGUGCAGCCUCGUCAGACAAUGGCGCUUCCUCAAUUGAUGUCAAAUCAUCUCAGGUCGGAUCUACCAGCGGUGUUAUUCCUCUUGUUGAUGCAGAUAUACAAAGCUCUGGUGCAAAAGCUGCUUCUUGUGCUCAAUUAGCUUCACUGGCCACUUCUUCUACUAAAGUUUAUAGUGACCAAGGGGCGCCAGCUUCAUUUAAAGUUCCUGCUGGAGCAGUUAUUCGGUUUGGUUCCAUGGAAACGGCAUUAAAAACGAAUAAGUUAAUGGAAACCUUCACAUCCCUUGUCGAUCAAAUAGAAACAGCUGAAAUUGAUGGUGGCGAACUUGAUAAACACUGUGAGGAUCUCCAGAAGUUAAUAUCUUCUCUCAUGCCCGGACAAGAUGUCAUUGAAAGCUUAGGAAAAGUAUUUCCCAGUAAUGCACGUUUAAUAGUGCGGUCAAGUGCUAAUGUCGAGGACUUGGCCGGGAUGUCAGCAGCCGGACUUUAUGAUUCGAUUCCUAAUGUUAGCCCUUCAGAUCCUAUAAGGUUUGGACAUGCUGUAGCUCGCGUUUGGGCCUCGUUAUAUACUAGAAGAGCAGUACUAAGCCGCAGAGCCGCUGGUGUUCCUCAGAAAGAUGCUACAAUGGCCGUGCUAGUGCAAGAAAUGCUUUCACCGGAUUUGUCUUUUGUACUACACACACUAAGCCCAACGGAUAACAACCAUAACUUUAUUGAGGCUGAGGUGGCACCUGGACUUGGUGAAACGCUCGCUUCAGGAACGAGGGGUACACCAUGGCGUUUGUCUACUGGUAAAUUUGAUGACACAGUGCGAACACUGGCAUUCGCGAACUUUAGUGAGGAGCUGGUUGUGGGUGGAAAUUCUCCUGCUGAUGGAGAAGUUAUUCAUUUGACUGUGGAUUAUAGCAAGAAACCUUUAACGACCGACCCCGUUUUCAGGCGUCAGCUUGGUCAGAGGCUUGGCGCUGUUGGUUUCUACUUAGAGCGUAAGUUUGGUUCUCCUCAAGAUGUCGAAGGAUGUUUAGUUGGUAACGAGAUUUUCAUCGUGCAAUCGCGACCCCAACCCCAGUGAGAGCUUGUUUUGAACUUCCUCGCAACACACAACAGUGUUUGUAAAAUUCAGCAUCUCCUUGAGGUGUACAUAGUGAAUUAAAGAAGCUUAUACUAGUGUUAGUGUGUUACACAAGUAGUUAUGAUAAAUAUUCUCACCCGGAUUAUGCAAUCUGUUGUACUGGUUGAGAUCUUACAUUCAUAUUAUUCUAGAACAUCAAUAAAAUCAGUCAUAUAUAGUUUAUAUA